AUGCAUUAUGUGAAGACGAACCUCCUGCUGCUUGCAGGCUUGAUUGAUCUCGUGCUCUCUAGACCUGGGCAGACAGUAUUUUCAAGCUCGGGCACGGAGAUAAUGACAGAAUCGCAAUGGAAUUUUGACGACCUACCAUCCGUUAAUUCUACAAGCCACUUGGUUUUCGGUACCGUGGAUUCUUUACUUCAGCAUUGGCCAAACACGCGGUAUCGCAAUGGCAUGUACCAUGGUCAUACCAUCAUACCAGCGACUAUUCCAGUAGGCACCCUUCUGUAUCACGGAACAUCCAGGGAAAUAGUUCCCGACGUACCAGAGUGGGUGGCAACCGAUCCCGAGCACUCGUUUCUAUUUUGUCGCACUCUCAGUAAAUCCUCUGGGUGCUGGCAGCUCACAAUGGUGACAUCGCGUCCUCUCAAAGUGCUACAUUUCGAUGGAAGCAGUGCCGCGAAGAUGCUCGGAGGCCCUAUGGACACUCAGGACCUCACUCUCUGGGGAAAAGUCAGACCAGAAUGGACGUUCCGCGAGAAGGAAAGGAUUGUGGAACUCUGUAAAUGGGGGCAGCCGUACGGCCUCGAUGGUUUCCUCCGGAUGGAAAUGAAUUUCGAAAUAAUGCUUUGUGACUUUUCAUCAGGCGUGCAGACCGUUUCUUUCCUAAACUUGGCUCCGACGAGAGGAGGGCCACCAAAGUGGAAUCCGCCACCAAAGGAAGAUCUCCGUGCGCAACUUUCACCGUCACAUCCCCCACCCAGCUCCCCUAUGUUCUACGCUACCGUUUACCGUGUGAUGGAAUCAGGCAGCUGGCAUAAUCACUUCCCGGGAGACACUCGCAUCGAACUCGAUUACUCACGUCUGAUAUCGUUAUACGACACAGCAACCUUCCCUAGCCUACAAAGUAGUCGGUUCAAUAAGAAGCGACUAGAACACCGGCUAGACGGUAUCAGUGGAGAUGACGCAAACAUGUUGCAAGCGCGUAUCAAAAAAGCUCUAACUGGGAAUGCGCAGGGAUCUGGUGUAAACUGGAAAGUUUUGAUGAGAGUCAUAACCAAUCGUUAUGCCGAGCGACUCGAGGUUCUUCAGUACAUCUUGAACUCGACAGACCCGGCCAUUCGCGAUGCCAAUUCUACUGUGCAGGUAGCUCACCGGCACGUCAGAAGCAUACUCACACCUUAUACACUCUACUCGGCCACUCCGCCGACAAACAACAAUGAUCUACCCAAAGGUGGGUAUCCAUGGGCUUCCCCUGUGUUCGAGCUAUGUGCUACCACCCAUACAACGUACAUGGAAGGCGCAGAGUUUCUUUCUCUCUUGACGCCUUCCGAGGUUCUUAUUUUGGACUCGAUCAAGGGUGUUACGAAAGAGAUAUGUCGUGUUCUCGUCGGUAUAUGGGCAGAGGGGAUGGAGUAUGGUCUUGCUGAUCCAACUGACAAGAAACCACCCACCGCUUUCGAGCACUCGGCAGAAAUAAUUGGUCGAUGGUCCAAGAAAGUAGAAAAUCUCAUGGCUUGGCUGGACUGGAGCCACUGGCUUCGAUGCCGGCCUGCUUGCAGUUACGAGGAAAUGUGCUACCUUCCAACGUGGCCAUUUUUAUACUCCAAACGCCCUUUCCCAAAAGCCGAUUACUCCCAGGAUAUCGAUGGUGAAGGACCGGAUGAAAGCAAUUGGGCUGAUCCACAACCCAUGUGCAUUAGACGCGUAGAGCCUUUUGUAGAUGAAGAGAUUAUGCAGUAG